GGUUGCGGCGUUUUCUAACUUAGCCAUUUUUAAUACGAAUGAAAAUGUUUAAAAGUGCGUUUUAGUUUUAUAUUUAGUGUCUAAAUAUAAAAGAAGACAAAAUGACGCAGGAGUCGGCGGUAAAGGUGUGUGUACGAGUCCGUCCACUAAUAGAGAGGGAAGAAAGUGCUGCGUCAGAAAGCGCAGAGCCCGCCCAUCUGUUUUGGAAAGCCGAUAAGAAAUCAAUCCAUCAAAUCGAUGAUGGGAAUUCCACAAAGAGCUUCAGUUUUGACCGAGUGUUCACUGCUCAAGAAACAACCAAUCAGCUGUACCAGAACAUUGCAAAGCCUCUGGUUGUUUCCACUGUUGAAGGAUACAAUGGAACCAUAUUUGCUUACGGGCAGACGUCUUCAGGAAAGACUUUCACCAUGAUGGGGAGUAACGGCACUCCUGGUGUGAUCCCUCUGGCUGUGGAAGAUGUCUUUCAAACCAUUAAAAAUUUUCCAAAGAAGGAGUUCCUGCUGCGAGUUUCUUACAUGGAGAUCUACAACGAAACUGUGUCGGAUCUGCUGGUGGACAGCUGGAAGAGGAAACCUCUGGAAGUCAGAGAGACAAUCAACAAAAACAUCUACGUGGCCGAUCUGACUGAAGAACUGGUAACGAAUCCUUCACAAGCUCUGUCCUGGAUCAGGAAAGGAGAAAAGAACCGUCACUACGGAAAGACGAAGAUGAACCAGCGCAGCAGCCGCUCACACACCAUUUUCAGAAUGAUCCUGGAAAGCAGAGAAAGGAGCGACCCUGCGUCUGGUGAAAACGCUGACGGAGCCAUUAUUGUGUCUCAUUUGAAUUUGGUAGAUCUGGCUGGAUCUGAACGAGCGAGUCAAACAGGAGCUGAAGGUGCACGCUUUAAAGAAGGCUGCAACAUCAACCGCAGCCUGUUCACACUCGGCCAGGUGAUCAAGAAACUGACUGAUGAAAGCCAGAAGGGAUUCACAAACUACAGAGACAGUAAGCUGACCCGCAUCCUGCAGAACUCGUUGGGUGGAAACGCCAAAACGGUCAUCAUCUGCACCAUAACUCCCGUCACUCUGGAGGAGACCCUCAGCACGCUGCAGUUUGCCAGCACUGCAAAGAAGAUGAAGAAUGACCCUCAUGUGACGGAGGUCUCCGAUGACGGUGCUUUGCUCAAAAGGUACCGCAACGAAAUCGUAGACCUGAAGCGCCGGCUUAACGAGGUUUCUUCGGUCACACAGACCACAGCCACAGAGAAGGACUUUCUCUCCCAGCUGCUCCAAGAGAAAGAUCAGCUCCAGAGAGAACAAGAGGACCGGAUCAGAAACCUGACCCAGCUGCUCGUCACCAGCUCCAAUCAGAUCUCUGCUCCAAAGAGGCCUAAACGCAGAGUCACGUGGGGAGGAAAGAUGCUCCGACUCGCUCAUCCGUCUGCGUUUGAAGGAGGAAUGUCUGAGCUCAGCUUUGCAGAACCUUUUUCCGGGAAGAGGAAAGCAGAGCGCUCCUACCUGAGUGAGAUGGCGGGAGACGACGAGGAUUUUCAUUGGGGGAUUCCUGAGGAUCUUCCAGAAGACAUGGAGCUCAAUCAGAGCUCUGUGACUGUUCGGAGCUUUGGAGACAGUCCCAAAGACUUUGUAUCUCCGGACCGGAUGCGGGAGCUUUCGAGCAAAGUGUCUCACCUAGAGAUGCAGCUGGAGAUGGAGAUUCAGCAGAAAGAGGAAGCCAUGAUGAAGGUGGAGACAUUAGAUGACAAAGUGUCGGAGCUGGAGCAGCAGCUGCAGAUGGAAAACCAGCAGAAAGGGGAAGCCAUGAUGAAGGUGGAGACAUUAGACGACAAAGUGUCUGAGCUGGAGCAGCAACUGCAGACGGAGAACCAGCAGAAAGGGGAAGCCAUGAUGAAGGUGGAGACAUUAGAUGACAAAGUGUCGGAGCUGGAGCAGCAGCUGCAGACGGAGAACCAGCAGAAAGGGGAAGCCAUGACGGAGGUGGAGACAUCAGAUGGCAGGGUGUCGGAGUUGGAGCAGAAGUUGCAGGCGGAGAACCAGCAGAAGCUGGAGGCUCUGGAGAAGGUGGAGAUGCUGGAGGUGAGAGUGGCUGACCUGGAGGAGCAGAGCCACACUUCGAGUGACUCUGAUGACCAGAUGAGACGGGAGUUUGCAGAGACCGUCCAGCUGUGUGAACACCUGGCAACCGAGAAGGACGUGAUGGCUACAGAGCUGGACUACCUGAAGCAGGAGCUGGGGAUGUUCAUCGAGCAGACCGAGAGUCUGGAGACUGAGAAAGCUGCUAUGUGGAAGGAGCUGGAGGAGAGACGAGAGACGGACGAGUUCAAGAGUCUGGAGGAGGAGUUCAGGAAGGAGCAAGAGAACGAGCUGCAAAAUGAAAUCUCCAGCUUGAAGGAGGCGGUCCAAGCCUCUGAAGUGCAGAGUCAGGAGCUGCAGAACAAACUAGACGUUUUGUCUGAGGAGCUGAAGAAGAAAAGUGACUUUGUAGAGGAACUCCAAAGUAUGAGCGGUAAGGAUUUGGUGCAGGAGGUGGCGAAACUUCGGCGCUCUCUGGACGACGCCGAGGGGCUCAGCAGAGACACGAAGAAGGAGUGGGCUCACCUGCGCAGCGAGAACAUCGCUCUGGAGGAAUCCAAUGUGACUCUGACCACAAACCAUGAGAACAUGGAGGCUGAGGUGAACAGCCUGCGCUUUCAGCUGGAGAAGGAGAAGUCUCGCUACAGACAGAUGCAGAGCGAUCUGCAGAAAGAACUGAACGUCGUGUUUGACGAGAACACAAAGCUCACCACGCUGCUGGAUGGAAAAGUCCCAAAAAAUCUGAUUGACAGCGUGGAGCUGGAGAGAACCGUGGCCGGCCUGAACAAAGAGCUGGCGGCGUCUCAUGAGGCGGAGGAAGCCCUCAGAGCUCAGCUGGACGAGCUCGCUUCAAUACAGACUCUUCAAGACCAAGUGGACAAUCUGAUGCAGCAGGUGUGUGAGCUGACGGAGGAGCUGUGUGCCGCUCAGACUCACAGGGACAGUCUGAUCUCGGCUCAGGCUCAGAGUCAGGAGGAGGCUCUGCAGCUCAGAGACGCCCUGCAGAUGAGCCAGGAGGAGAUCCUGACGGUCCGAGCAGAGCUGAGCGAUGCAGCGCUGAGAGAGGAGCAGGUGGAGUCUCUGCGUCAAACCCUGGAGAACUCCGAGGCCGAGAAGAGUCAGCUCAACUCUGCCGUCCAGGAGGAACUCUCAAAGCUGACGGAGAGUGAAGAGCUGAGAGAAUCGCUGACAGAGAAACUGAAUGACAUGCAGCAGCUGGUGAAGGAUUUGGAGGAGAAGCUCGCUGACAGUGAAGUUUCCAAGACGACCGAAGAGGAGAUCAGCAAAGAACUCCAAGAACAACUGAACCAGCUGACUGAAGAGCUCCGGGUUGUCCGAGCAGAGACAGACACCUCAGUGUGUGCUGGAGCUCAGCCUUCAGCAGAGACGGAGAACAAGCUCUUCACUGUGGCUGCAGAGAGAGACCAGCUCAAGGCCGACCUGCAGAAACAUGUGGACAUGGCUGCAGAGACGCAACUUCUUCUUCAGUCGCUUCAAAACGAGCUCCAGGAGCAGAGGUCAGAUCUGGAGAAACUGUACGAGCAGAAGGAGUCUGAUUUAAGGGAACAGAUGCAGAGUCUGUCAGAGGAGCUCGAGCGCAUGCGAGCGGAGAAAGAGACUCUGCCGUCCGCAGCUCAGAUGUCUUCAGAGGAGACUGAGAAGCUGCUGUCUGCUGUCUCCACGCUCACCGCCGAGAGAGAUCAGCUCAGGAUGGACCUGCAGGAAAACGUGGAGCUGAUGAUAGAGAAUCAGGACGAGCUGAGGACGGCUCUGGAGAGAAACAAUGAGCAGAAGGAGAUGAUUAAACAGCUGCAGUCUGCACGAACAUCCAAACAGGACGGGCCUGAUCCGUCUGACACCAGUGCACAGCUGGAGGAGCUGCAAACACGAAUGAUGACACUAUCAGAGCAGCUGCAGAGCGUUGAAUCAGAGAGAGACGCUCUGCUGUGUGAGCGGACGGCCGACUCUCAGACUGAGGAGAUGGAGAAGCUGCAGCACAGAGUGACGUCUCUCAGCGAGGACAGAGAUCAGCUGCAGGACACUCUGGAUACUCUGAGGCAGGAGAAGCAGCAGCUCAGGGAGGAGAGUGAGGGCAGGAUGGAGACCCUGCAGGAGGAGAUGAAAACACUAACAGAGCAGCUGCAGAGUGUUGUGUCAGAGAGAGACGCUCUGCUGUGUGAGCGGACGGCCGACUCUCAGACUGAGGAGAUGGAGAAGCUGCAGCACAGAGUGACGUCUCUCAGCGAGGACAGAGAUCAGCUGCAGGACACUCUGGAUACUCUGAGGCAGGAGAAGCAGCAGCUCAGGGAGGAGAGUGAGGGCAGGAUGGAGACCCUGCAGGAGGAGAUGAAAACACUAACAGAGCAGCUGCAGAGUGUUGUGUCAGAGAGAGAAACUCUGCUGUCAGAGAAGGAGACGAGCUGUCAGAGCUCCUCGGAGGAGAUGGAGAAGCAGCAGCUCAGGGAGGAGAUGGAGAAGCUGCAGCACAGAGUGACGUCUCUCAGCGAGGACAGAGAUCAGCUGCAGGAGACUCUGGAGGCUGUGAGGCAGGAGAAGAAGCAGCUCAGGGAGGAGAUGGAGGAAAGAAUGGAGAUGGUCGCAUUAGCUCAUAGCGAGUUAAACCAGCCACAAACACUGAGCUCAGACCUGCAGACACACGAUGAGAGAGUGACACAACUUCAGCAAGAGACAGAACAACUUCAGGCUGCACUUCAGACCGUCAGCGAGGAGAAGAGUCGCCUGGAAGAAGAGCUGCAGAGAAAUGUGGAGACGGCUGCAGAGACACAGAGUCGUUUAGAGUCACUUCAACAGCAGCUUCAGGAGCAGAAUCAAAGAAACAACGACCUGGAAAGUUUGAGCCGUGAGGGACGAGCUCAACUAGAACAACAGGUGUCAGAGGCUGAGUGUCGUCUGCGUUCUCUGGAAGACGAGCUCCAGCAGGAGAAACAAAAUAACUCAGAUCUGAUGAAACUCUGUGAGCAGAAGGAAUCCGACUUAGAGCAACAGACGAAGACUCUGUCAGAGCAGCUCACGGUUGCUCGAGCGGAGAGGGACGCCGUGAUGUCGGAGAAGGAGACGAGCUGUCUUCACUCCUCGGAGGAGAUGAAGGAGCUGAAGCACAGAUUGACGUCUCUCAGCGAGGACAGAGAGCAGCUCAGGGAGGAGAUGGAGGAAAGAAUGGAGAUGCUGCAGAGUGAGUUACAGCAGCAGCAGCUCAACUCUGAGCCUCGAUCACUGAGAGAAGAACAGGAGGCUCAACAACUCCUGCAGAUCCAACAGCUGGAGGAACAUCUGUCGAGGGCCAAGCAGGAGGUGAGCCAGCUGAAGUCUGACCUCCAGGAAAAUGUAGAAUUGAUGAUCGAGAACCAGGAGGAGCUGAGAGUUUCCCAGGAGAAGAUCAGAGUCCUGCAGGAAGAGAUCAACGUGAUGAGGAAGGAGAAGACGGAGCUGGAGAGCAAACAAAGCGAGAGGAACGAUGGAGAGGCAACGCUGCAGAUACAGCAGCUCCAAAACAAGGUUCAGAGUGUGACCGAGCAGCUGCAGAGCGUUGAAUCAGAGAGAGACGCUCUGCUGCGUGAGCGGACGGCCGACUCUCAGCCUCACAGUGAGGAGAUGGAGAAGCUGCAGCACAGAGUGACGUCUCUCAGCGAGGAUAGAUAUCAGCUGCAGGAGACUCUGGAGGCUGUGAGGCAGGAGAAGCAGCAGCUCAGGGAGGAGAUGGAGACCCUGCAGGAGGAGGUAGCCCAGCUGAACAUGACUCUGCAGACUCUGAUGGAGCAGAAGAAACAGCUGGAAGACGAUCUGCAGCAGAACAUCAACACGGCUUCAACAUCUCAAGAGCUCCUAGAAUCAGUCCAAGAGAAGCUGCAGGAACAAAAACGAGUCAACGGCAACCUGGAGAGAGAGAUUCAGGAGAAGGAUGACGCUCUAGAUCAACAGGUGAGGACACUAACAGAGGAGCUGCAGAGUGUUUCCGCAGAGAGAGACAAACAGGUGAAGACUCUGUCAGAGAAGCUCACGGUUGCUCACUCAGAGAGGGACGCUGUGAUGACAGAGUUGGAGACGAGCUGUCUGAGCUCCUCGGAGGACAUGGAGAAGCUGCAGCACAGAGUGACGUCUCUCAGCGAGGACAGAGAUCAGCUGCAGGUGACUCUGGAGGCUGUGAGGCAGGAGAAGCAGCAGCUUGCACAGACCAUGGAGGACAAGAUGGAGACACUGCAGGAGGAGAUAAAGACUGUAAGUGAGCAGCUGCAGAGCGUUGUAUCAGAGAGAGACGCUCUGCUGUGUAAGAGGACAGCCGACUCUCAGACUCACAGUGAGGAGAUGGAGAAGCUGCAGCACAGAGUGACGUCGCUCAGCGAGGACAGAGAUCAGCUGCAGGAGACUCUGGAGGCUGUGAGGCAGGAGAAGCAGCAGCUCACACAGACCAUGGAGGACAGGAUGGAGAUGAUCUCGUCCCUGCAGGAGCAGCUGAGCAGGCAGGAGGCUGAGAGAGAAGAGAGGGAGGCCGAACUGCAACAGAAGCUGCUCACUGAAGCGAACGAAACCAUCUCCGCCCUCAAAGGGCAGCUGAGCUGUUUGGAUCAGAGCAGCAGAGGAGUCAAAGAGAGUGCAGAAUCACAGCUGCAGGACUCUGCUGAUCAGCUUCAGGAAGCGUUCAGAAAGUUGCAGAACUUCAUCGAGGCGUGCUCCAAGUUUAACUCCACAGCUCUGGGUUUGGCCCCGACCGUGCAGGAAUCGCUCACCCCCCUGCCAAAACCCGCCAACGAAGCCUUUUGUCAGGUUGAACUGCAGGCGGCGCAGACUCUGGGAGAGAUCAUUGAUCACGUGCAGGGGAGUGCGCAGGGCUACAGGACUCUGUUUGAGGAGCUGGUGAGGAAAGAUCUGGAUGUUUACGAGGAGAGACGCCUGCAGGACGUGUUGCUGUGCAGAGCUCAGGCCCCCAGCUUCUCUGUGAAAGACGAGGACUUUAACUCCAUGUGGGAACAGAGACUGAGCGACCUGCUGGACAAGAGGAACCUCUACCUGAAGAAAAUGGAGUGUGUUUCGGAGAAGCUGUUGGAGAACAUUAAGAUGUACUCCAGUGAGGUGUCCACUGAGAAAAGAGAGCGGGCGAGGUUCAAGGAGCAGCUGAAGCUAACCAGCACCCGCGAGCUGGACUCCUUCCUGAGCCGAGAGCUGGACACCAGAUCAGCUCUGUCUCGCAGCAGGAAGACCACUCUGAAGGGCAUCAUCGAUGAACACAACAGUCUGUUCGGGGAGAUGAAGCUGCUGCAGACUCAGACAGACACUCGGCUCCAAGAGGAGAGAAGCAGAAGGUUGACACUGCUGCAGCCACUAGAGGGCGCUCCUCUGAAGACUGAGCUGUCUCUGAUGAAAGACAACAAGCAGCUCUGUCUUCAGCUCCAGGAAACAGAGGAAAGAAUCAAAGCUCUGUGUGCGCACAAACAGCAGCUGGAGGAGGCUCAAAUCAAAGCCAACAACAGGGUGUCCAACCACAAAGAGGCCACACAGCUCCUGCAGACGGAGCUGCAGGACAGCCGUGCUCAGGUGGAGGAGAAGGAGAACAUGAUCCAAACUCUGAGGAGCAAACUGAGAGAGUCGGAGAGAAAUGCCAACCCCAGUGCUGCUGAGCUGGAAAAACUCCAGACUAAAUUAUUCAAAAUGGAGGUGGAGUUGAGUUCAGCGUCUGAUAAGCACCAACAAGAGAUCCAGAGGAUGACCACGCUGCUGAAGGAGAAAGAAGAGUCUCUGAGGAAGCUGAAGGAGACUUUGAGGAAAUCCCAGCAGCAGGGAGAGGAGUCGUUCCUGCAGGGGGAGGACCUUCAUGCCAGACUCACAAACCCCAGAGGAGUCGUCAUCAAGACCAGCAUCCUGCAGGAGAAGACCAAACUGGAAGAGGAGGUCAAGCAGCUGCAGAUGAAAAUAACCGAGCUGGAGAGCCUGGUGUCCGCCCAGCAGGCCGAGAUCGGCAAGUGGAAGAGCAGAGCCAUCAAACUGAAGGCCAAGAACAGAACCGACGCAGACAAGCCCUCACCCCCCUGCACCCCCACCAAAAGAGGCCUCCCCGUCACAGCCGACUCCUCCACCUUCUACAGCUCACCCAAGAAGUUUCUGAUCACUCCCAGGAAGCCUUUGGAGUCUCCCAUGAAACAGCUGGACUCUCCAAAUGUCCCUCUGCUCGACUCCCCUAAGAGCCGGUUCUUUGACGUGGGUGGAGGCACCGAGCUGCUGUCCAGGACCUGUCCCAAACAGUUCUUUGAUAACUCCAGCCUGGGAACUGUUCCAGAGGUGUCCGAUGUUCCUGAUUCACCAGCUGAAGAGAAGGGUGCGGGAGCGUCUGCAGACAGAAAGGACGAGUGGUGGCCUCAGUCUCCAAAGCAGGAGGACAUGUGCAAGACCCAGUGAAGAGUUUCACACAACGUGCAAUAACUUUAAAUGUAUCUCUAAUGUUUCAAGCUUUUACUUUUUCUCUAAUUCCUUUAUUCCAACCUUCUGUUUGUCUUUUAAGUUUAAAUAAAAAAAAUCUCUUAAUAAA